AUGUGGCUGCAUGAAAAAUUUUAUGAUGCUGAAAAGCUCCUGAAAUAUAACCCAAAUUGGGUACUUUACACGAUUACUGAUCGAUAUGCCUACUUUACACUCUUACCAAAACCAAUUGCAGAAUAUAAUGUGAGAAAUGCACCUUUUCUUUCGUUGGAACAGUUUAGUGAUGCUCUCAAAUUAGCUCGAAUGCCAAUAAAAGAUUUUUGCACUUUUGCAUGCCAUUCACUAGGACCUAUGAAAGGAAAAGUAAUUGUGUUUACCAAUUGUCCGAGAAGUGGUUCUACACUGAUAACUCAAAUGGUUCAGCGAUGA